AAAGAAUAAAGCCCAACCAAAACCCAUUAAUCAACUAGUUGAAAAUUAAUACUCGGAAGCCUUUUUUCUCUCCUCUCUUUCAUCUUCUCUCCAUAUCUCUGUCGAAACCACGGCUUUUCCUUUCGUGAACAGAAGCCCCACUUCGCUGAUAAAUCUCUCCCUCGAAACCAUGCCUUCCGUGACAAGCACCACUUUCGCUGAGGCUAAGACAGGAGUCUUCUGGGACGUGGAGGAGUGUCCGAUCCCUGAAGAUCUCGACCCUGAAUCUGUUUAUCAGAACAUCAGAUCGGCUCUGGCGAACAAAGGUUACCACGGCGAGGUGAGAAUCAUGGCGUUUGGGGACAGGAACCAGAUCCCUGGUUACUACGAAUCUGCCGGAAUCGAAAUAUUUCCCAAAGGAGAUAAGCAUGCGAGACUUAUGGAGAUGAUAGUACGUUUUUUGAGGUGGGUAGUGUUGGAGAAUAAGCGUGAAUUGUCCAACUUGAUGGUGAUCUCGCGAAACGGUAUGGAGUUUGCUUCUGCUCUCGCGUCUUUCAAAAAGACCGGUCACAACAUUUUCUUGGCUAAUCCUCUACACGGUCCCGGAUUUUGCGAGUGCAAAUACGAGUUCGAGUCGUGCGAUCUUACCACCGAGAUAUGGGUUUGGGAGACCUUAGCUGCCGGAGGAGACCCUCUCCUCAAAGCCAAAAGAGAUGCAGUGAUGAGCAACAAGGAGGAGGAGGAUGUUAACGACUCUGUUUCUGAAGAAUAGAAGAACUUGCCAAGUAGUUGAUGUUAAGGACUCAUAUUACCAAGUAGUUGAAGUUUAUAAGUUGCUAGUAUCGCUUAGUAGUUGAUGUUUCUAAGUUGUUACAUAGUAUUGCUUAGUAGUUGAUGUUUCUAAGUAGCUACGAAUUGUUUGAUAGUUAAUGUUUAUAAGAUGAUGCUGCAUAUUAUUUCUACAAAUUGCUGAAUAAAUGUGUUUAGUGAUUGGCGAAGUGGGAAUUCAAAACAGUAAUUCGUCCAAUCAAAAACUUGGUACUUGGUUGACUUCAUCUUUCUCACGACACACACAUCAGUUUAUCAGAACAUCAGAUCAGCACCAUCGAACAAUGGUUACCGUGGCGAGGUGUCUGUCAAUCAUGGCUUUUGGUGAUAGGAACCAGAUCCCUCCCUGGUUACUACGAAUCCAAAUCUUCCCCGAAGGAGAUAAGCAUGCGAGGAUUAGGUAGAUGAUGUCAAAGUUUUUCUUGUGGGCAACGAAUGAUGUACACCAACCCACAAAGAUGUUGAUCAUUUCAUGGGACGGAAUGGAGUUGGCGUUUGCUUUCAACAUUUAUGAAGACCACACACAACAUUCUCUUUGCCAAUCCUCUUAGCCCUCCUCCCACACAUUGCCACCACCGCAAUCCCUCCUACGAUCUUAGCACUGAAACAUGGGUUUGGGAAACCCUAGCUGCUGGUGAACAGAGCUUCUUAAAUGCAACAAUGAGGAUUCUGUUUAUGUUUCUCACGACUAGAUCGGGAAUAAGUUUCUACAUACUGCAACCUAGUUACUGUUUGUAAGAAUUCUGUUUCUCACAAGCCUACGCUUUAUUAUUAUUAUUACAAACUUAUGUUGUUGUUGAUUACAAA